CAAAAUAUGUAUCAAAUUAUUUUUUGCUUAAUAUUGAUCACUCAUGGGGUCAUAGAUGCGCGGAAAAUCAGUGUUGGAGGCAAAAAUCGUGGGUCAAGCGCAGCAAGAACAAAUGUGCAGUCGGGUGGAACGUACCAUGCACAACAGAAUGGAUAUUACCCGCAGCAUGGCAAUUAUCCUUCUAAUCAGCCUGGUGUUUAUCGUCCUAAUCAACCUAAUGUAUAUCAUCCUAACCAAGCUGGUGGAUAUCAUGCUAAUCAAGCUGGUGGAUAUCAUCCUAAUCAAGCUGGUGGAUAUCAUCCACAAGCUGGUUACGUUCCUAAUCAAAUGAAAUUCAACCCUGGAAUGGGUGCUGGCACCAAAUCAUCUAGUAUGGGGACAUUCAAAAAAGCUUUGAUUGGUGGUGCAAUUGGAGCUGCUGCAGGUUUGGCAACCUUUGAACUAGGAAAGGCUAUCCUUCGAUCCCACUCGCAGCCACUGCAAGCUCCAAAUGGUCAAAAUUACUAUUUUGAUGAAAGUAAUCAUCAAUCCAAGAAUGGAUUCUUCAUGUGCUCAAUGCCACUUGAUGAAGUAGUUAAAGCAGUACAAGAGAGUUCAAGUCAAACACCGAAAGACGACUCCAAGAAUUCUACUGAUAUCACACCAGAACAGUUCUUUAAGACUGUAAAUUAUUCCUAUCACACCAAUUUAGAGAGCAGUUAUUCUUGGAAUUAA